ACAUCAAUCACAUUAACUAAUGUUACAAUAAUGCAAAAUCAACAAGAGGAGGAAAAAAUCAAAAGAUAUAAUAAUAAUAACAAGGAUGAUGAAAAAGCAGAAGAUGAAGGGCAUGAUAAGGAGACAGCAGCUCCGUUAUUAGCAUUGAACCAUGUCUCGAGGCUCUGUAGAAACGUGAAGGAGUCCAUAGAGUUCUACACAAAAGUGCUGGGGUUUGUUCCCAUUGAGAGGCCUCAGGUUCUGGACUUCGAAGGUGCAUGGUUGUUCAACUAUGGAGUUGGUAUCCACUUGGUUCAAUCCAACCACGAAGAUCGAUUGCCUUCUGAUCCUCAACACUUGGAUCCUCAGGACAAUCAUAUAUCUUUUCAGUGUGAAGAUAUGGAAGAAAUGGAGAGAAAAUUGAAGGAGAUGAAUAUCAAGUACAAGAAAGAGACGCUGAAAACAGAAGAAGGAAUAGCAAUAGAUCAACUUUUCUUCAAGGACCCAGAUGGGUUCAUGGUUGAAAUUUGCAACUGUGAGAAUCUCAAACUGGUCCCUACUGAUUCAUCAGGCAAGAUUAAGUUGCCAAUGGAUCGUCACACCCCACCCGUGGACACCAAUCGUAAUAAUGAUGCUGCAGAUUGAUGAGUUCCCCCAAAUUUGAUUGAGGGAAAGUUAUUAUCGCAUGUGCACCCAAAGAGUGUAUGAUAGGAGUACAUUCUUCAUUUGUAACCGUGUUUAGUAUAUAUAGAAAUAGCAAGAGUAAUAGUGUGGACUUUUAAGAAUUCUGUGUUAUGAUUAAUAUGGAUUGUUCUUGAUAUGUGAAGAAACAAUACUAAUAAAGCCACCUCUCUGAAUGAUUGAAUAUGUGCUCUGUUUUUGCUCUAUUCAACUAGUAAUGGUUUGAAUAGCUUCAUGCAGUGCAAAGGUGUUCAAUUUUGUUAUUGUUGAA